AUGUCUCGAUCUCGAGAGGCGCACUCGUGGCUGCGCAUGGUGCCACGGCAUGACUACCCCGACACCGCCCCCGGCGACCGACAUCACCAGCUGCCCAAAGCAGACUCGCGUCCUCACAGCUCACCAAGCUACUUGCAGGUGUGCACUGUUCUGGAGCACCCGUCGAGCGCCAUGCGCCACCACGCCGAUCCGCGUACUUGUCUCUGCGCCGUCAGCGCCGCCUCUCAGCUAGAGGACCCGAUAGCCAGCUAG